AUCAUAGCACUCUCUAGUCUCAAUUUUGUGGGAAUAACCUGCCACGCGCAUGCAAACUGAGCGAAAAAUCCGAAAUAACAAACAAAAAAAUUUUUCGCACGCAAAGCACCAAACAACCGACCGACAAAUUCCUCAGCACCUUCUCAGACUUUUGAUAGUGAACUGGAUGCCAAACAACAGAUGUGCCAUUCGGUUCGGUGAACGGUAUCUUCGCCUAAUAUAUUUUGUAUAUUUAUUUUGUUUGGGCCCAACAACAAACUCCGUUUCGGUUCCGAACGGGGUUGAGAGUGUGUCACAAGAGUUUGUUCCUUUUUUUUUGUGAGUGUUAGUGUGUGCUUUUAAUUAUUUUAAAAUAAAUAAUCAUAAAAAAUAAAUAUUUAUAUAAUUUGAUGUGAUACCUGAACAAUCUGAUUGUGUGUGUGUUUGUGUGCAGCGCCCCCUAUAUCAACAACAACUCAUCCGAUGUCAUUAAUCAUAUUAUUUGAUUUGACUGACAACACACGGCUGCCGGGUGAUUUGUCGUCUAUGCAAAGUGCAACAGCUAGAGAAAUAAAAAAAAAAAUCAAAUAAAUAGUCGGGUGUAAGCGCAACACACUAUGCAUCAGCAGCAACAACAACAACAACUACAAGCACAAGAUCAGGAUAUUUGCCAUCAUCAGCCGUCGUCGUUAGCUACUACAUCCUCGCAUUUGUAUUAUUACCGCCAUUUAAGUCAUCACUUGUAUAAGAAACAUCAGCAACAGCAGCAGUAUCUUCUUCAGCUUCCGCGUAAUUUACUAUCUCUUCGGUUAAUUCUCUUAAGUUUGUGGAAAUAAUCGGAAAAUCAGAAAAAAAUAAAGUUAAAAAAAAAGUAAAGGUGUGCACUGAUACUCCUGUGGUUAGCCAGAGCGUUCAAAGUGUUUAGAUAGUGUUUUCCCUUGCAGUAAAGCAGUGAAGAAGUCCAGAGGACUAUCGAUAUUAUUGAAGUGCGUGCAAGCUUGGUGAUAGAGAUCGAGCCGAUAGGCUUGCACGACCACGAAUGUCACUACUGGGGAAACCAUUGAACUAUAAUCGUGGCUCACGACGUGAUGCCCGUUAUAGAAGGCUACAAAGCCGCAUCUAUAACUUUUUAGAACGCCCCCGAGGAGUACCUGCCAUUUUAUAUCACGUUAUGGUUUUUUUAAUGGUGUUCACGUGCCUGGCCUUAAGCGUGUUUUCCACAAUCGAAGAAUACGAAAAGGAAGCAUUAUACAUACUAUUUAGGAUGGAGAUAUUAGUAGUAAUUUGGUUUACAGUGGAAUUCUUUUUCCGACUGUGGUCGUCAGGAUGUCGGUCACGAUAUCAAGGCUCUGUUGGUCGGUUAAAGUUUUUAAAGCGACCAUUUUGUAUUAUAGAUGUAGUUACAAUAGCAGCAUCACUAGUAGUAUUAGGUAUGGGAACAUCCGGUCAAGUGUUUGCAACAAGUGCGUUACGUGGCCUUAGAUUUUUCCAAAUAUUAAGAAUGGUUCGAAUGGAUCGACGUGGUGGCACGUGGAAAUUAUUGGGAAGUGUCGUCUAUGCGCAUAGACAAGAACUGAUAACAACUAUGUACAUAGGAUUCUUAGGCCUUAUAUUUGCAUCUUUUCUCGUUUAUCUCAUGGAAAAAGAUGUCAAUGAAAAGUUUAGUAAUUUCGCUCAGGCUCUCUGGUGGGGUGUGAUAACUCUAUGUACGGUAGGGUAUGGUGAUAUGGUACCCGAAACGUGGCAAGGCAAACUAAUAGCAUCGUUUUGUGCCCUGCUAGGUAUAUCGUUUUUUGCACUUCCGGCGGGUAUCCUUGGCAGCGGUUUUGCUCUAAAAGUUCAGCAGCAACAGCGCCAAAAGCACAUGAUCCGACGGCGCCAGCCUGCAGCCACGUUAAUACAAUCCCUAUGGAGAUGCUAUGCUGCGGACGAACAUUCCGUAUCUGUGGCAACGUGGAAGAUCCAUCAAGUGCCAUUGCCAAGUCCGCCGCCAUCCUUUCGGGGCCAAAAGAUAUACCUUCUGGCUCGGCGGUAUCCAUCCGGUACCGAAAGUUCAAAAUUGGAACCACCAGAGAAGAUAGCAUCAACCUCGAGCGCAAUGCGGGCGUCUUCUAGUUUCAAACACAAUGCAUCGUUUGUGGCGAGACUACCAACAAUAAGGCGGCACAAAAGUCAAUCACUACACUCUCCUGGAAAUGCCAAUAAACCACCAGGACCAACGAGGCCUCAGCGAUGUCCAAGGACUAUGGGCGAAAUUAAUGCAUCGGCGGAAAACUUAGAAGUCACAAAUAAUGGAAGACCUUUAAAUCCAAGUUUAAGUGAAGAUUCUGUUGCAGAAACGGCUAUAUCGAAGAAGAACUCUGACGAAUCGCUGUCACAAUCGCCAAUGGAAUUAAAUCGCAAACAUAGUGCUGUAAGUGACACCUCUGAACGAAGUGAUAUAAGUGGCAUCACUAGUAAUAAUGGUGGCGUAAUAGCAGCUAGCGGUGCAUCAGCAUUGCCAGUAAUGCUGUGUGGAUUAUUGCAAGGAGAUUUGCUAUCACCAUCAGAUGGAUGGGCACAAGCCAGAAAAUUAUUGUAUCAAAGGUCACAAUUCAAUAUGAAUACAUCGAAUGGCAACAAAGCGGGCAAUGAAGACGAUGAGCCACGCUGUGUUCAAUUAACAAACCAACAUAAAACUGCGAUACGUUUCAUUAGGAAAAUGAAGUAUUUUGUAGCACGACGUAAAUUUAAGGAGGCACUUAAACCAUACGAUGUUAAAGAUGUUAUGGAACAAUAUGCAGCCGGGCAUGUUGAUUUACUCGGCCGAGUGAAAAAUGUUCAAACUAGACUUGACCAGAUACUAGGAAAACAAGGAUCAAAAGCAAAAGACGUUUAUGCGUCAAAAAUUAGUUUAGCAUCUCGUGUAGUUAAGGUCGAAAGACAAGUAGCCGAUAUAGAAGAAAAAUUAGAUAUUUUAAUUAAAGCCUAUAUGCAAGACCGCGAACGGUUCUUAGCUCUUCCAUUAGUUUCUCAAGUUCAACAUUCCAAUAGCUCUAAUCAAAAACCUCCCGGUGGUGGUGGGGGCCCUGACGCUGGUGGUGGCAGUGGCCCGGCUCCCGGAGGUACUGAUGGUGAUAUCGCUCACUCCCCAGCUGGAACAGGUAUGGCCAGUGGGACAUCAAGUGUGCACGCUGCAACAGUAACGCACGGUGGAGGUCUUAAGCUUAAACCAAUUCUGAUUGAAAAACAGUUCUCGGAACCAAGCUCACCGAUAGCCUCGCAAUAUGAACAAGGAGUUCCACGACGACCGCCAAUGCAUCGCGGAUACUCCGAUUUAACAAGUCGUAUUAAGAAACGUGUUACUUUAAGGGAUCACUCGUUUUUCAGUUCCAUACCACCUCAAUAUGUUGACCCGAGUUCGAUACAACCCGGUGUUAGCGAUGAUGUCGUGAUAGUUGUACCCGAAUUAGAUGCCGAUCCUCUGGAGUCCGUUUUGGUCGCUCGUUUACCAUCAGACCAUGAUGUAUGCCUUGAAGAGGAUGCCGACUUGGAACCAAGUAGUCCGAAAACUAUAACCGAAAGUUCAAUUAUCCUAAUGGAUGAAGAAGUCGAAGAUCUCGAAGAAGAAGACCUUGAUUGUGAAGGUGAAAUGGAUCCAGAAUCGCCGCCUUGGGAUGUUUAUGGUGAAGGUGAUCUUGAUGUCGAUGGUGAUGUGGAUGUCGAUGAAUCCACUGAAGAUACUGCCUUAUUACGAGUAGCAGCUAGAACUGCAAUUAUAGUUACUCCAAUUAGUCCGGUCAGUUCUGCCCAUGACUUGGCACGUCUUGAAAUCGACGGUAAAAAUGGUAAUAUGUCCUGUGAUAAUGGUAGUAGUAGAUCGUCGAAAUCAAUGGAUCUAUUGCGUCCAGAUUCAAGUUCGCCAACAACAAGACUGCUUCCAUCUUCGAGUAAUUCUGUGGAUAUCUGAGAAUGGUUUUGUAUUCAGCCAUUUUUAAUUGGAUUUAGUUUUUGUUGUUAAUUAAAUUUAAAACUAAAUUUAAAACUUAAACUUAAAAAAAAAGUAAAUUCUAACUAAACUAAAUCCUAAAUUUAAAAAAACAAAUUUUAAAUAAAAACUCAACAAAUACUAAAUUCAUGAAAUGGCUGAAUAUGAUAACCUUUAAAAAAAACUCUAUCUCUAAGUUAAAUAUAUAACGCAAUUACUAUAAGUAGCGAAGCUUCAUUUAACAAAAAAAUUAUUAAGUUUAACACUAAAAAAACUUAUUUGUAAAUACGUUUUUUUUACAUGAAUACAAUAUAAGUACUUUGAGUGAUUUAAUUAUAUUUAUAUAGACUAAAUUUUAAAAUAAAUAAAAAUGUUCUUUUUUAAAACUUUUAAAUUCAUAUAGAAAACAAAAAAAUAAAAGACCAAAAUAUAUAUAAAAAAAUUUAAAUCAGAUAUAAGCAAAAACUUCAGUUUUGUUAAAAUAAAAAAAAAAAAAAGAAAAAGCACAAAUCCAUUUUAACUAAAUAAAAUUAUAUACC